AUGGCGGCCGGGCGUCGCAGCUCCCAGCCGGGGCAGGCGGCUGAGCCGGGCGGCUCCGGCGACACCUCCCUCCUCGGCAGCGCCAGAACGUGGCCUUUGAAGCGCUACGGCCGCUUCCUACCCCCGACGGACGGCGAGGAUGAGGGGCAAAACACCUCCUCUUGGAAGGUUUUUGAAUCAAAUGAAGAAUCAGGCCAUCUUAUCCUUACCAUUGUUGUAUCUGGCCAUUUCUUUAUUUCCCAAGGGCGAACAGUACUGGAGGGAUUUUCAUUAAUUGAUUCCCACAAGUGGCUAAAGAUAGUAAGAAGAGCAGACUGUCUGUUGCUUCGUGCACAGUCAAAGAAUGAAUGCCGCAUGUUUCGUGUUCAGUUUGGUGGAGAUUCCAAAGAAGAGAUGCUGGAACACUGCUGCAAUUGUGUUCAGAAACUUGCAGAGUAUGUACCGGUUGAAGUAACUGAUGAACAAAGCCAGCAGCUCUAUCACGGUCUCAGUCAGCUGCCUAGUGGUGAAAAUCAAGUGAAGGGCACUGAACAAAAUGCGUCAGUACUACAUACACCAGAUGAGCCUCUACCAGAUUUCUGUACAAGCCUUGGAGAAAGAAGAUCUGUAAUGCAGCUAGCGCAGUCUGUGCUGAAAAAGAACUCUGAGCUCCCCCUUGCGUACCGGCACUCGGCGUGGCGAGCGCAGGAGCUGGGGCCCUUCAUUCGCUUAUGUCUCAUGGAUCACAAUUUCCCAGCUUUUGUGGAAGACGUGGAGAAGGAAUUGAAAAAACUCACAGAAGGUUGAGAAACACCAGCUUGUUGCCACUGGAAGACAUACUCCAGGAUACCCAGCACUUGGGAUACACAAGCUUAAGCGUGAUUAAAUACUUGAAAAAGUCUCACA